AGAGAAAUCGAGAAAGAAAGAAAGAAAAGCAGAACCAGGCAAAAGAAAAGAGAACGUAAAAAUUGUACGAGAGUACCUAAGGCCCGUUAACCCAUCAAAACCAUCAUACACACGAAACGGAAAACAAAUUUAGAUUAUUUUUUUAACUCUAUUCUAAACUUUAUUUUUUUUUUUUAUUUUUUUCGAAUUAUUUUCAAAUAAAUAUUAUUGAACUUUUGAGUAUAAUUUAAAUAUUGAAAAACAAUUAAAUACAUCCGUUAGGUUUUAUGUGCAUGUGAAUCACUAAGUUUGGAAGAGAAGAAAAAAAGCAGGGUGCUCAUAUACCUUUAGAAUAGUAUUAUCAAGAACUGGAAAACUUAAGAAUUGUUAUGCAGCGAUAAAAGUCAGACAAAAAAUCAUUGUGGUGAUAAUUAGUCGAAAAUCGAGUGUAAAAAAAUUAUAAAAUUAAAAAAUGUCCAAUCAUCGAGGUAGUGGAGGUGGAAGUAGUCAUCAAGGAGGUCCACCAGGAUUGAAACAAAUAGAUCUAGAUCAAAUAUGGGGCGAUUUACGAGAGGGGAUUGAACAAGUUUACAAUAGACAAUGUAUGUCAAAACCACGAUAUAUUGAAUUGUACACACAUGUUUACAAUUAUUGCACGAGUGUACAUCAGCAAGUUAAUAGAUCUAAUAACAAAAGUAAAAAGGGUCAUGCUUCUGGUGGUGCGCAACUUGUAGGAUUAGAACUGUACAAGCGAUUGCGUGAAUUUUUAAGAAAUUAUCUAAUAAGCUUAUUAAAACAUGGCAUUGACUUAAUGGAUGAAGAUGUAUUGCAAUUUUAUACAAGACAAUGGGAAGAAUAUCAGUUUAGUAGCAAAGUAUUAAAUGGAGUUUGUGCUUAUCUUAAUCGACAUUGGGUACGUCGUGAAUGUGAGGAAGGGCGUAAAGGAAUUUAUGAAAUUUAUCAAUUGGCCCUGGUAACUUGGAGAGAUAAUCUUUUUAAGCACCUUAAUAGACAGGUCACUAAUGCAGUUUUAAAAUUAAUUGAACGGGAAAGAAAUGGAGAAACGAUAAAUACUCGUUUAGUUAGCGGUGUAAUCAAUUGUUAUGUUGAAUUGGGCUUAAAUGAAGAAGAUCCUGGUGCGAAAGGUCAAAACCUAACAGUUUACAAGGAUUCUUUUGAAAAUGUUUUCUUAGAAGAUACUGAGAGAUUUUAUACUCGUGAAAGUUCUGAAUUUUUACGACAAAAUCCUGUUACGGAGUAUAUGAAAAAAGCUGAGCAAAGACUUUUAGAAGAACAAAAACGUGUGCAAGUUUAUUUACAUCAAAUGACUAAUGAACGUCUAGCUAAAACAUGUGAACGUGUAUUAAUUGAAAAGCAUUUAGAUAUAUUUCAUGCCGAGUUCCAAAACCUUUUAGACUCUGAUAAAAAUCCUGAUUUGGGAAGAAUGUAUUUAUUGGUUGCAAGGAUACCAAACGGUCUUGGUGAACUGCGUAACUUGCUAGAAGGUCAUAUUGCCAAUCAGGGACUAGCAGCAAUUGAUAAAUGUGGUGAUACCGCUGCUAACGAUCCCAAAAUUUAUGUUAAUACGAUAUUAGAAGUUCAUAAGAAAUAUAAUGCACUUGUUUUGGUUGCUUUUAAUAAUGAUAGUGGAUUUGUAGCUGCAUUAGACAAAGCUUGUGGCAGGUUUAUCAACAGUAACUCUGUCACGAAAGCAGCAAAUAGUAGCAGUAAAUCGCCUGAAUUACUUGCCAAAUAUUGUGAUCUUUUGUUGAAGAAAAGCAGUAAAAAUCCUGAAGAGGCUGAGUUGGAGGAUACAUUAAACCAAGUUAUGGUUGUAUUUAAGUACAUUGAGGACAAAGACGUUUUCCAGAAAUUUUAUAGUAAAAUGUUGGCUAAACGUUUGGUACAACACAUGAGUGCUAGUGAUGAUGCUGAAGCUUCAAUGAUCUCGAAACUCAAACAAGCUUGUGGAUUUGAAUAUACGUCUAAACUUCAAAGAAUGUUUCAAGAUAUUGGUGUAUCUAAAGAUUUAAAUGAAGCUUUUAAAAGACAUUUGACUAAUUCCAAAGAAGGAUUGGACAUUGAUUUUAGUAUUCAAGUGUUAUCGUCUGGUUCAUGGCCAUUUCAACAGUCAUUUACCUUUUCUUUACCAACUGAGUUGGAACGCUCAGUUCAUAGAUUUACAACAUUCUAUAGCUCACAACAUAGCGGCAGGAAACUCAAUUGGUUAUAUAACAUGUCUAAAGGCGAAUUACACACCAAUUGUUUCAAAAAUCGAUAUACCUUACAAGCAUCAACUUUUCAAAUGGCAGUUUUGUUGCAAUAUAAUGCAGCAACGGUGUGGACAAUUCAACAAUUACAUGAUGCAACACAAAUAAAAAUGGACUUUCUCCUUCAAGUCAUUCAAAUAUUAUUGAAAGCCAAAUUAUUAACGGCGCCUGUUGACGAUGAGACUGAACUUACUCCAUUGUCCACUGUAGAAUUAUUUACUGGCUAUAAAAAUAAAAAAUUACGUGUUAAUAUUAAUAUACCAAUGAAAACAGAACUAAAAGUUGAACAAGAAACCACUCAUAAACAUAUUGAAGAAGAUCGUAAACUCUUGAUUCAAGCAGCAAUCGUUAGAAUUAUGAAAAUGAGAAAAGUAUUGAAACAUCAGCAACUCGUUGCUGAAGUACUGAAUCAAUUAAGUACGCGGUUCAAACCUCGAGUUCACGUUAUUAAGAAAUGUAUAGAUAUUUUAAUUGAAAAAGAGUAUUUAGAACGCACUGAAGGCCAAAAGGAUACCUACAGUUACUUAGCAUGAUUUGUUAAGCUAAAACAACGACUAAUAACUAUCACUUGCGUAACUAAAAUACUAAAUAAUUUAGAUUCAUCGUCAUCAAUAAUCAAUUCAAACAAGGAUACGCAAAAAAACAUUGUUAUAAAAAAAAGAAAAAGGAAAAAAACAUCAUAAUAUUCAUUUACAUAGAAAAACAUUUUUCUUAAUUUCUUUUACGGUUUUUUUAUCUUUUCUUAUCCCAGAGGUCGCAUUAUAAAGGAAAAAACAUUUAUUAAU